GCUGGCUGUGAGAGCCAUUACUCACUUGUUGUGCAACCGUUGAGGUGUUGAGUUUGCUAAACGCACCCAUCGUGUGAUAUUUCUGAGGGCGGUCUAAAUAAAUAAUCCAAAAAUGUGUAUAAAGAUAGCUCUCCACAAGAUACUGUAUACAUUGACAUCCAGCGAUGACGAUCGUCUCGAGGGUUUCGAUGAUAAGCUGGCACGAAAACUAUGUGUGAUAGCAUCGUUAAUCACAGAUGAGAUGAAUAUAAAGAUAGAAGGAGAAUCUAUCCGGUGGAUAUAUUUACAAACAUUGGUUUCUGUAUUGAAUAAUAUUAUAAAAGCAAAUAUAACAAGUGAUGAUACAACAUUCAGUGUACAACAGAUCCGAUCUCUGAAAGAUGCAAUAGGACUAAUAGUUUCAAUAGGGAUUAUACCUUGUCUAGAAAAAGGUGUAGGUAUAGAUAUGGCAAAAUUAUGUCCUAAAGCUACAAAAAUUCCACAAGAAAAUCUAAGUUGUGUACAGAGAUACGAACGAAUAAGAUUUACAACCAUUGCUCUCACAGAUCUGUUUCACAAUGAGAACUUACGACCAGCUAUACUUUUAUAUCUCGGUACCAUACUAGCAUCUUUAUUACAAUUAUCAUUUGCCCCAUUAAUUAAGCCCAAUGAGGAGGUUGAGCAAACAUCAAAUACCAAAAACUGUGAUCAAGCACAAUUUCGUAUGACAGUGAAACGAUAUCAAGACUUAUUGGGUCAUCAAAAAGAAUUUUAUGUUAGAUUAAUUUUCUUGUUAAGUAGUUGUCCACAAUAUAAAUGUAUUCAAGAAUUAAUGAUAAUUCUUGGACAGCAAAAAACACCAAAAUGGUUGCGCAUAUGUACACGAAAUAUUUUAGUUAGCAAAGUUACACAACCAGGUGGAGUAUCGUCGUUAAUCAACGCAAUCUGUGGCGACGAAUUGGAUAUAGGUGUGAACUGGCGUAUGCUGGACGUGGUCCCCAAAUUGUUAGCAAUAUCUCAUGGAAAGAGCGAGGACGAGUAUUACAGACUCGUGUGUCCACAGAUUUUAGAUCUACUCUCCUCGGAUAAAAUCAACCAUGGUUCGACGAUAGCGAACUGUUGUAUCGCUACUCUACACGAUAGCAAACCGCUCAUUUGUCAAAAGUACAUAAUAGAACCCAUGUGCGCACCUUUAUUAACGACAGAGCCGUUCACCACAAGAUCCGAAAAGGAAAUAGAGCGGUGUGUAAUAAUGCUGGCAAAAUGUUUUCUAGCUGAGGAUGCAAAGUUCAAGCACCCACCUAGUAAACUCAUUUUGCACGUCGCUACACCUUUAUUUUGCCUAUAUAACAAAGCUCGUAAAAGCGCAUGUAUAUUGAAGAAACAUUUACAGCAGCUGUUAUUGAAAAUCCUUGAGAAUGAGGCAAAUCGACAAGAACUCUAUUCUGCUUUUCUGGGGCACAACACGUCGGCAGGAUUCGGAGAUUACGUACUGCUGGAAUUCGGGCCGACUGGUGGUAUUGAGAUCACUGGCUUGUGUGAAGAUUUGAGAUACACGGAACUAGCUGAUACUGUUCACGAUCUAGUAUGCAUCGCCAAGAACUUGUCGCCCAGUAUAUUCACUUACAUAUUAAAUUUUUUGUCGAAUACAAAUCGGCAACGAGAAAUGCUAGAAACAGAAGACGAUCGAAUAGAGCACAUGGAGAUGCAAAUAGCAGCUUGUGUACUUCUCCAACCGUUAACCGAUAUGAAUACCGUUCGCGAAGCACAAGCGAAAGAACCACAGUGGCUAUUAUCCUUUAUAAAGUCCUUAUUCACCAAAUAUACCGAAAAGCAACAAGGUGAAAUGGAAGAGAGCGAGUGCGAGCUACUGUAUCUCAGUUUGAUGCUGAUAAAAACUUUGGUUGACGAAAAAGCUAAGCUGGAGAUUGAUCUUUUCAAGGAUUUCAGUGUGUUUUUGAAAAAGCACGUUAACUCAAGAAUACCUAUGCAGCUUAAAUCGUUGAUAAAUGACGUGGUGAGAUGUAUCGAGACUUACGGCACAUCUGAGAAGAAACGCUAUCAAAAUUUGUUGAUAAUAAAUUCGACCUCGUCAGACAAAUUCGACAAAGCUAUAAAGGAUCUCGCGGAUCCAUUAAUUCCUGUCCAGGCGAACGGUCUCGUAACGCUCAGGAAAUUGAUCGAGAGUAAGGAUCCCUUCACUGUUCAAAACAAAGGGAUUAUUCUUGGUCUGUUGCAGACCAACAUACAACAUGAAGAUUCAUACAUAUAUCUGGCAUCUAUCAAUGGAUUGUGUGCAUUAGCAACUGCAUUUCCGCACGAAAUUAUAGGGACAUUAGUGCCAGAAUAUAUAAACAUGCCUAAUCGUAUAAUAGGAACAGAAAUAACCACUGAAACCAGAAUCAAACUUGGUGAAAUAUUAAUCAAAACAACGAGAGCCUUAGGUGAAAUGGGUGUGAUGCAUAAGAAUAUGUUAGUCAAUGGCUUUUUGUGUGCCGUUCGCGACAAGGAACCUUUGAUACGAGCUUCUGCUCUUUCUUGCUUAGGGGAACUUUGCAAAGUACUGAGCUUUCGACUGACAAACGUUCUUACCGAGAUUAUUUACUGUAUCGCGAUGGUAGUGAAGUAUGACAAAGCGCCUGAAUGCCGACGCGCUGCCGUUCUAGUUGCUACGCUUCUAUUUCGUGGCCUUGGCAAGGAUACGUUGACUAGUCUCGGUGAUGACUUGGUUACCUUAUAUCGCGCGCUGAAACACCUGCGCGAUGAGGACAUCGACCCGAUAUUGCAGCUGCACGCUCAAUUAGCCUUGGAGGAAAUCGAUCUGAUUGUAAAGGAUUUUCUAACAAAACCGUGCAAAUUCGAGAAGCAAAUUUUCGUAUUGGAUCAGCCAUGGUAGAAUACUUUGAUUCUCAUUUGCUGUACAGUAUUUUUGACACGCACACACACAUAUAUAUAUAUAUAUAUAUAUAUGUGUGUGUGUGUGUGUAUAUAUAUAUAUAUAAUAUAUAUUUUUUUUUAUGUACAAUUCUCGCUUCUUGCUCCGCAAUUUUACAGACUUUAAGAAUGUUGUUCCUUGGUGCCAUAUAAACAAUGUACAUACUACACUUAAUUAAUCAUCUAAAUAUUUUCAAGAUCAAUCAGUAGAAAAUAAGAUAAAUAAAUGUGAUACAAACCAA